CCUUGCCUGUUAUACGGGAGCGUGCUGUAUAUUCAAAAGUAUUUCCUUGACUUUAAGGAUGUCUGUCCGGGAAUAUAAAGAGUAUGUCAGGGGCGACCAACUUUAAAAUCAAAUAAUAAGCAAGCAGACACCUUGAAUUCACAAACUUACAGUUUAAUACGUAACCAGCUGUUGGAAAACAGACAAGGAAUAACGUUUCGACCGUUUUGACAGAGUUCACAACUGCGGCUAGCUAGUUAGGCAUAAGUGCUUUUAUUUUGUGCACACGGACGUCAAAUAUCCGGUUCUAUCCUGGCUAUUACUUGCUCACUUGACGCAUUUGAACCUCGUCCAUAUGUCCCUGGAUUUGAUGUGGGAAAUAAGAAAUCUGUGCUGCUAGCUAACGUUUUACAGCUGUUGCCUACGAAUGUAACGGCCGAAAAAGACGGGCGGUCCCCGGGCAGAGGAAAACAGAACUGUCGGUAGAUUCUAAACACUUUAAGGAGAAAGUUCACACUGACCGAUUACCGCUGGAUGCCCUUUCGGACGUUAGUCGACGACAAUGCCCUCGUCUAAAUAGCUGCCGUGGAGGUCGAGGAUGGCCGCAGACGUGGAUAAAACAACGCCGAAAGAUGAGAGCAAGAUUUUCCCUCAGAAUGGGCAUCGGAGUCCGGGCUCUGGAUCCUGGAUCUCCAAGGGGCCGUGGACUCUGCUCGUAGUCGUUACUGUCCCUCUUCUCGCCUUUGGGAUCAAGUAUUACCUGGAUGCCCAGCUCCUCAAACGUCAUGAAGAGAGUGUUCGGACUCUGGGUGCCGAGGGGCUUUUUCUCUUCUCCUCCCUAGACACCGACCAUGACCUUUAUCUCAGUCCGGAGGAGUUUAAACCUAUUGCUGAGAAACUCACAGGAAUUUCACCACCGGUGGAUUUUGAGGAGGAAGUGACCCAUGACCCCAAUGGAGAAACUUUGACAUUGGAGGCCAAAAUGCAGCCUCUGCUGCUCGACUCCAUGACAAAAAGCAAAGAUGGUUUCCUUGGGGUGUCUCACAGCUCUCUGAGUGGGCUGCGCUCUUGGAAGAGCCCAGCAGUGCCAUCUUCCUCCUUCUCUGCCAGCCAGUUCAGGGUCUUCUUGCCCCCAAAAAACAAGGUCGAAGUGGGGGACACGUGGUGGGUGAUUCCCAGCGAGCUCAACAUCUUCACUGGAUACCUGCCCAACAAUCGUUACCACCCUCCCUCGCCGAAGGGCAAAGAGGUUCUCAUCCACUCCUUGUUGAGCAUGUUCCACCCUCGGCCCUUCAUCAAAUCACGUUUUGCUCCUCAGGGCACAGUCGCCUGCAUUCGUGCCAACAACAACUUUUAUUAUGACAUCGUCUUCAGGAUUCACGCAGAAUUCCAGCUCAAUGAUGUUCCAGACUUCCCCUUCUGGUUCACGCCAGGGCAAUUCACCGGCAACAUUGUUCUGUCUAAAGAUGCGUCUCAUGUCCGCCACUUUCACCUCUAUGUCCCCGGAGACCGGUCUCUGAAUGUGGACAUGGAGUGGCUGUACGGUGCCAGUGAGAGCAGCAAUAUGGAGGUGGACAUCGGAUACCUGCCACAGUUAGAGCUGCAGUCCACAGGCCCGUCCAUACCCUCCAUCAUCAUGGACCAGGAGGGCAACAUCAUCGAUAGUCGAGAUGGUAGCGCUGAACCGAUCCAGUUUGUCUUUGAGGACAUCCACUGGACCUCAGAGAUCAGUCGGCAAGAAGCUGCUCGACGCCUGGAUGUCACCCUCUACCCCUUCAAGAAGGUGCCCUACUUGCCUUUUUCAGAAGCCUUUGAGCGAGCUGACGCAGAGAAGAAAUUGGUGCAUUCCAUUCUGCUUUGGGGAGCAUUGGACGACCAGUCCUGCUGAGGUUCGGGGCGAACUCUCCGGGAGACAGUCCUGGAAAGUUCGCCCGUCCUGGCCCUGCUCAACCAGAGCUUCAUAAGCAGCUGGUCUCUGGUCAGAGAGCUGGAGAACAUGCAGGCUGAUGAGCAGAACCCUGCGUUGAGUGAAAAGGCCCGUUUACACCUGGAGAAGUACAGCUUCCCAGUGGAGAUGAUGGUGGCACUGCCAAAUGGAACUAUUGUCCACCACAUCAAUGCCAACUUUUUCCUGGACCAGACAGCCAUGAAACCAGAGGAGGAAGGAGCAACUUUCAGCUUCUCUGGCGGGUUUGAGGACCCCUCCACAUCCACUUACAUCAGCUUCCUCAAGGAGGGGUUGGAAAAAGCCAAGGAGUACAUUGCACAGUAAUUUGUGUUUGUGUGAAGUAAACGAUAGUCAUUCCUCUGGGCAAUGAUCUAAGAUAAGGAAAACCCUCCGACGGUUAUGUAGACACGUGUUCGAAUCAGUGUUGGCAGCUGAAAAAGUUUUUUGCCUUCUGUCUUUUUUUGUUACUAUUUAUUUAGGUGGGCGUCUCUCUUGGUCAUAAAGUUUUAUAUACUGUAUUUGUAUUGUGACAGUCCAUAUAGACCUACAGGGAAAUAUUACAUCUCAAACGUAAUGUUACUGGCCGUACAGUAUACAUGCACACUGAGCAGUAACAGAUACGUAAACACAUGUAGAUCUGCUCUCUCUGCUCAUAGCUGCUGAUUAAUGUUUAUAUAAAAUGUAGUCAGAGGCCAUUCCUACGACAAAUCACAAGUGCAUCAUAACGUACCGAAACAUCCUAUAUUUCUUCUUUUUAUAUUCUGGUGUUGCAUGUGCAAUAUUUAAUAAUGACUGAGUGAUUUUUUUUCCAUGCUGCUGAGCCAGAGACGGGACUGGUACAGUUGUUACCUCUUAGUUGUGUCUCAGCAGUUUGUGAAGACUUUGCCUGAAAGCUCUCUCGGGGCCGGGCAACGCCUGAUGUUAAUGCUGAGGCUGCUGGAGGGGAACACCCUUCUCUGACUCGGUGGACAAAAAGCAGCAGGAAAAAAAUAAUAAACGAAACUGGACUGUGGCACAUAAAGCAAUCAAUUCAGUUGCUUUUUUUGUAUUUUGAGUUUGAAACCAAAUGUUUAAUAUUGAUGAAGAUGAUGUGACCACACAAAGAACAUUGUUUUUAAUAUGUACAGGAGCUGGCCUGCAUAGGUUGGGUGCCACAUCAUAUUUACAUUACAUUUACAUUACAUUUACAUAUUAGUUACAUAAAUAUGUAACUCGAAUGGAACCAAAUAGUCAAAGUAUCACGACAGGCACAUGUUACUGUAUACAGUUAUCCUCUUUUUGGCUCCAGUCAAAGUUAUGUAUUUUCUUGUGUCUUUAGCUAGACAGCAGGCAAUCCUUGAUGACAAUCUGUACCUAUAAUUAGCUAUUUUUUCACAAUUUGUCUCAUUAUCACCUUUUCCAGUCAUUACAAAAUAAAUCCUCUUCAGGUCCUAGUUUCUGUUCUGAAGUAUGAAAUGGAAGAAAACGGGGGGGAACAGGUAAACUAAUUAGAAAUAGUAACAAGGAAAUUUGAUAAAUUGGAAUUUGACUUUCAAGGUCAUACAGGGUGAAACAUCUGACUGCUCAGAGCCUGUAGGGGGGCAACACUGUUAUUCUGUGGUCAAAUAAAACCGGUUUUACUCUUACAAA